GCAAUACAUGCUGCAUUCCAAUGGUGACAUUGCUGUAUGUUGUGGAAAUUGCUUGACAACUGGAUGUAGUGCAAAGGGUCACUUGCGAGAAGGGAAGUUUUUCUACAAAGAUGGUAUGUCUGAUGACACUCACUGACAUGAUCAGCCAGAAAUGGAAGAAUAUAAAAUGAUAUCGCAGGUUAAGUCAUUGGUACGUGAUUUCAAAAAUAUCAAUCAACCUGUUUUGAAAAUUUGUGAAAAUGUUCAUCAAGAAAUUAUUGAUGACUGCGGACUCACUGGCGUUGAGAGAAAUGAAUUUCUUUUUAUUAUUGAUGACUGCGGACGCACUGGCAUUGAGAGAAAUGAAUUUCUUUUUGUUAGAAGUAUCCGACAGAGCCACCCGCAUGUCAGUUGCCUUUACGAGUUCGUGCAAGAUGAUUGAAUUCCGUCCACAAGUGAUUUUUGUAGUGAUACUUAUUGCGUGUGAGUUUAGCCUCUGCGCAGCAGCAGCAGAACAAGGAAGCAGUAAUUCCUCUUAUACCCCUCCGGAGGGAAAUGAAAUCAACCAAGAUGGCGUCGAGAAUACAACGAACAUUGCUGCGGAAUCCGAUUCCUUCAAGAGCCUGCGAAGAAACUUAUUUGCUGUGCUCGCGAGUUUGCCAAAGGAAGUAGCGAGUAACGAUAAUGUUGACGAACUUCUGAACUCAUUUCAAGAUCUUAUCAAGGAAUACAAGGACCGUGAGUUGGACGAGCUUCAACCUAUAGGCGAUAAAACGCGACGUGUGCCCUACGGUUCACUACACAAGCGAGCCCACGAACUUAUCGACGAUACGAAUUUGAGCCCCAACACGAGCCAAUUCGUCCAUCGAGAUAUAUUCUUCACUUUUACCAACAGUUACUCGUCCAAUGUAUGCUACGAGAAAUAUGCCAAGAAUCACACAGGUUGCCUCCGCGAAUCAGGGUUUACGGGAUGCGAAAAGAUCGUCCGUGGUGUGGAAAAGGAAGAUGAGGAGCUGAUUGUUGAUUUGCACAAUGAAUACCGAUCGAAAAUGGCCAAGGGAGAGGUUGUAAUCAAUGGCACUAGACUGCGACCUGCUGCGGCGAUGGCGAAAAUGGUAUGGGAUCGAGAACUUGCUUCUUUGGCGCAGGCGUGGGCCGACCAGUGCAAUUUCACUACGGAUUGUAUCGAGUGUAGAAGAACGGAUCGCCUCCGCUUCGUUGGACAAAAUGUGGUGCGGUUCAAAGGUUUGAAGUCGGCGCACUAUCGUUAUGAUUGGAGAAUGGCUAUUGGUGCUUGGGCAGAUACGAUGAAUGCACUGCCUGUUGACACUGAUGUGCUUAGCAAUUACGAACAUGACAACAAGUGGGCUUCUUACACGCAAAUGAUUUGGGAUUACACGUAUCUAGUUGGCUGCGGGUUCUCCUAUUACGAGGACAAGGAAUUCGGCGGAUUCACACAGUUCUAUGUUUGCAACUACGGGCCGGCUGGAAACGUCGUCGGAGGACAGGUUUACGAAUCUGGACCUGGCUGUUCGAAUUGCCCGCCGUCGCACAAAUGUGUUCUUGAAACCGAGUUGUGCUCUUACGAUGAAGAGGACAGUCCGGAAGGUUUCCAAGGCAGUUCUUUAUUCUCCUUCCCAGAUGAUGGAAGUCAUUUUGAAGUACAGCUUCUAGACAAGCACAAGCCUAUUUACUCUGAGAAGGCCAACAGGUAGGGGUUUGUUCACGUUCGCUGACACAUGUGUUGUGUUUAAAUUGUGAUGAUGGGUUCAUUGAAAUACAUUCCAUUAUUGUGACUGUUUCA